AUGAAACACAAUCUCCCAGCCGUUGGGCUCAUCCAUGGUGGCCUUGCCCUUCCUGACGGCGACGUCGUUGCUCACGAUCUGGAUGUUGCUCACGGCCUCCUCCCCAAUCAGCUUCCGCACCAGAGCCUGGAUGACGGGGCGCAUGCCGCCGCUCAGGAUGACGAUGGGGACGUUGUUGUCGCGGCACCACUCGUAGAAGCGCGCAAACGCCGGGUCGAGCUUGACAUUCUCGAGCAGCAGGUUGACGCACUCGUCGAAGGGCACGGGGACCGACUCCAGCAUGCCCGUGAAGACGUCGCGGAAGUCGACGCGGCCCUCGAGCACGUCGAUGUUGGCCGCCCGCCGCUUCUCGCGACCGUAGCCGAGGUUGUCCGUCAGCCAGUCGUUGGAGUCCUGCACCGUUAUUGUUCCUUGACACAGACGGAGAGGAGUUGCACGAGGCUCGUGCUGCCUGGGACUCUGAGACCGGCGCAAGAAGGAAUGAGGGAAUGGGAAACCGGUGGGAACCAACCGUCAAAGUCAGUGAAGAAGAUGAUCUUGGGCUGA